AUGGGAAUGUUUGUGAACGGAUUUGAAUCGAGCAGCGAAUCAGUCGUAAAUUGUAAAGUAUAAUUGAUUUACUGAUCAAUAUUUAACGGAUGCUGGUUUCGAAUCCGAGCAUAUUUAUGUGAACAAAGAGGCGUAAGGAUCAGUCUAGCUUCAGAUGUGUUUCAGUGUACAUUAAGAUGUAUCUUAUACUAAUCGCUAUAACCAUUUGCACUUAUAUCGCCUGGUUAUUCCUGAAUCGCCGCGGCAAGCCACCCGGUCCACUGGGUCUCCCUUUGAUCGGCUAUCUUCCCUUCAUCGACCCAGAAAAGCCUUACGAAACACUGUUGAAGCUCGCAGAGAAGUAUGGACCUAUUUUCAGUCUUCAGAUGGGCCAGGUAUACACAGUUGUCCUGACCGACCAGACAUUGCUUCGGGACGCACUCAAACGAGAGGAGCUAACAGGACGUGCCCCACUCUUCGUCACCCAUGGAAUAAUGGGAGGACACGGAAUCAUCUGUGCGGAGGGCAAUCUGUGGCGCGAUCAGCGGCGUCUGUCGAUCGAGUGGCUGCGUAAAAUGGGCAUGACUAAGUUCGGUCUGGCGCGCACGACGCUCGAGAAGCGUAUCUUGGCCAGUAUCGAGGAACUCGUUCAGGAUUUGGAAAAAGAAUCGACAAAAGUAUUAGCCUUCGAUCCCGCGCCUUUUUUGCACCAUAUUCUAGGAAAUCUGAUGAAUGACCUCGUUUUUGGAAUAAAGUACGAGCGGGAUGAUGAAACCUGGCGAUAUCUUCAACAUCUUCAGGAGGAAGGCGUUAAGCACAUUGGCGUGUCGAUGGCGGUAAACUUUUUGCCAUUUUUAAGACAUCUGCCUUCAAGCAAAAACGUAAUUGAAUUUUUAUUAAAUGGUAAAGCAAAAACGCAUAAAAUUUACGACUCGAUUAUCGAGCAACGGCGGAAAGAACUGCCGGAGAAUUCGGACAGCGAGGCCAAUACUCCGGAAAAUGAUUGCAUUCUGUCAAAUUUUGUGCAAGAAGCUCGCCGACGGGAAGCUGCCAAUCGCCCAGAGCAAGCCUUCUGCAGCGAUACCCAGCUGAGGCACGUUUUGGCCGAUCUCUUCGGAGCAGGUGUUGACACAACGUUUAGCACUCUUCGCUGGAUAAUUCUACUCGUGGCUCUGAACAAAAAUGUACAGAAAAAACUAAGAGAGGAACUUUCCAGUCAGCUUGAGAGAGCGCCAACACUCGACGAUGUGAACCAGUUGCCAUACUUGAAGGCUUGCGUCGCUGAAGCACAAAGAUUGAGGACUGUAGUGCCUGUCGGAAUUCCACAUGGGGCAGUUUCGGAGACUACAAUAGCUGGUUACAAAAUUCCGAAAAAUACCAUGAUAUUACCACUGCUGUGGGCGGUCCACAUGAACCCGAAACUUUGGUCUGACCCGGGGACUUUCAAUCCGUCGCGUUUUCUAGACGAUUUGGGACAAUAUGCAGCGCCGAGCUAUUUCAUGCCAUUCCAAACCGGCAAACGAAUGUGUUUGGGAGAUGAAUUGGCUCGUAUGAUUCUUUAUCUCUACACGGCUCGAUUAUUCUGGCAUUUCGAGCUGGAUGUAUGCAAUCGAGACAGUAUUGAUUUGACCGGUAUCUGCGGAAUCACACUAACACCACCCACAUACGAUAUUAUCUUCACAAAAGGCUCUCUGUGUUAGAUUCAUCUCAUCACUAUGACAACAAAGAUAGUAUCACAUUUGUAUCAGUGUUCAAUAUAUUUUACACUUUCAGUUAUACGCACACAUAAACACAGAUACAUGUAUCCAUACAGAUGAGAAAUAAAACUUAUUAUAAGUUAGUUAGUUG